AUGAGCAUAGUGACCAUACCAACCCUCAUGAAAGAGUCACAAAGCAUAUUUGAAGAAAGUAUCCCAUCUUCAUUGUAUGCCCGCAUACCAGAAGCAGAUUGGACUGAAAUAAUUCGAGACCUGAAUAUGUUUAUGACUAAGAGACAAGACAGACUUAUAUUCCGAGUACUUGCUCCUGUUGUAAUUGGUAAUAUUAUGAGGACAUGUAUACAGAUAUAUGUGGAUAUUCAGGUGACUAAAUACUUAACCAAGAAGAAUCUUAUUUUAAGUCACAGUGGCAUAUAUAUACACCACCCUAAGGAUAGACAGUAUGCAGGACUGGAUAUUUCCAUGGAGUAG